AUGGCGCAACAAGGGGAAGACCACGAUGCCAUCAAGCCCUCCUCCAAGGACGAUGGCAACGAGUCACAGGCAGGCUCUGAUUCACCUACAAAUGUGACUCCCUCACAGGAAAAGCGUCAUGGAAUGGUUUUCGACUACAUUCGCCCUGAGGACCGUGCCGAGCUGUCUCGAAUCGCAUCAAAUUUCCCUCGGCACCGUGCCACCGACUCUGACAUGUCUGGAAUGACAGCCGUCGAACGCAAAGAUACACUAGAGGAUAUCGAUAUAGGAAGCCCGGUUCUUGAUCCUACGAGCGAUCAAUUCGACCAUUACAAGUGGGCCCGCAUGAUGUUGAAGCUGAUGGACAAGGAAGGUGUUCCUGUCCGCAAAUCAUCUGGUGUCGUUUGGGAGAACCUCAAUAUAACCGGCUCAGGAUCUGCAUUGCAGUACCAGAACAAUGUGGGAUCGGUCCCGUUGGCGCUGUUUCGGCCCCAGGAAUACAUAUCUUGCGGGCGCCGUACGCCGCAGAAGAAGAUCCUUCGCAAUUUCGAUGGUGUUUUAGAGAGCAGCGAGUUGUUGAUUGUCCUUGGACGUCCUGGGAGUGGUUGCUCGACUUUUCUCAAGACCCUUUCUGGUGAGCUUCACGGACUGAAACUCGACAAAGAGUCGGAUAUCCAGUACAAUGGCAUUCCUAUGGAGAAGAUGCACAAGGAGUUUAAAGGAGAAGUUCUCUACAAUCAGGAGGUUGACAAGCACUUUCCCCAUCUCACCGUCGGCCAGACGCUCGAGUUUGCGGCUGCGGCUAGGACUCCUGAGCAUAGGUUAAAUGGGAUCAGCCGGGCUUGUUACGCCAAACAUAUCACUCAGGUAGCCAUGGCUGUGUUGGGAUUGAGUCAUACAUACAACACCAAGGUCGGAGAUGAUUACAUUCGCGGAGUAUCUGGAGGUGAGCGAAAGCGAGUCAGCAUUGCUGAGAUGGCACUUUCUGGAGCCCCCGUAGCAGCAUGGGAUAACAGCACUCGAGGCUUGGAUUCCGCCAGUGCCUUGGAGUUUGCCAAAUCCCUGAGAGUAUCCGCAAACCUCAUCGGAAGCUGCCACGCAGUUGCAAUCUACCAGGCCUCGCAGGCAAUCUACGAUAUCUUCGACAAGGUCAUUGUCCUAUAUGAAGGCCGAGAAAUCUUCUUUGGUCCUUGCAAUCAAGCAAAAGACUAUUUCUUGGAGAUGGGCUGGGAGUGUCCCGCGCGCCAAACUACUGGUGAUUUCUUGACCUCUGUCACAAAUCCACAGGAGCGCACUGCUCGCGAAGGCAUGGAGAACAAAGUUCCUCGCACCCCUGAUGACUUUGAGAAAUACUGGAAGAGCAGUUCUCAUUAUGCCUCACUGCAGAAAGCCAUUGCUCUAUACCGAGAGGAGUAUCCGCUUGGCGGAGAGGCUGGGAAGAGCUUCAAUGAGACGAAGAGACUACGGCAGGCAAAGCAUGUUCGGCCCAAGAGUCCAUAUGUCAUUUCUAUUCCUAUGCAGGUUAAGCUUUGCACAAAGAGAGCUUAUCAAAGGAUUUGGAACGACAAGCCUUCUACGAUGACAACUGUCAUUGGUCGUAUCGUCAUGUCUUUGAUUAUUGGAUCGAUUUAUUUCGGAACCCCCAACGCAUCCGCAGGAUUUCAAAGUAAAGGAGCGGCACUCUUCUUCUCUGUUCUAAUGAACGCCCUCAUCAGUAUCACAGAGAUCAACUCUCUCUAUGACCAGCGACCAAUAGUUGAGAAACAAGCCUCUUAUGCCUUUGUUCAUCCAUUUACAGAGUCGCUAGGAGGGAUUGUCGCUGAUAUACCUGUCAAAUUUGUAUCAGCCGUGGUGUUCAACAUCAUCUUCUACUUUUUGGCCGGUCUGCGAUAUGAACCUUCCCAAUUCUUUAUCUUCUUCCUCUUCACCUUCCUAAGCACCCUCGCGAUGUCAGGUGUCUUCCGAACGCUAGCAGCAUCCACGAAAACCCUCGCACAAGCCAUGUCUCUAGCCGGAGUGAUUGUUCUAGCAAUCGUCAUCUACACGGGCUUUGUGAUCACAGUCCCAGAAAUGGUCGUCUGGUUCAGCUGGAUCCGAUGGAUCAAUCCAGUCUACUACACCUUCGAAGCAUUGAUCGCAAACGAGUUCCAUGGUCGUCGCUUUACAUGCUCGCAAUUCAUCCCUGCUUAUCCCAGCCUCACAGGUGAUUCGUUUAUCUGUGCCGUGCGAGGUGCUGUAGCGGGUGAAAGAACCGUUUCUGGCGAUGCCUAUAUUGAAACCCAGUACAGUUAUUCCUAUGCGCAUGCAUGGCGCAAUCUGGGUAUCUUGAUUGGGUUUUGGAUCUUUUUUAUUUCGCUGUACCUGCUCGCGUCGGAGUUGAAUUCAUCUACCUCUUCCAAGGCUGAGUUCUUGGUUUUCCGUCGAGGUCAUGUCCCUGCCCAUCUGCGAAAUCUCAGCAAGGGAGAAGGAAGUACCAGUUCAGCCGAGGUUAAGCAGGAGAAGCAUUCGGAAGAAGCGAGAGACAUUUCUGCUAUCCCAGCUCAGCAUGAUAUCUUUACCUGGAGAAAUGUCUGCUAUGACAUCCCAGUCAAAGGAGGCGAACGACGUCUACUUGAUAAUGUCUCCGGCUGGGUGAAACCCGGCACAUUAACAGCUCUAAUGGGUGUAUCAGGUGCCGGAAAAACUACCUUGCUCGAUGUCCUGGCUAAGCGUGUCUCUAUUGGUGUUGUCACCGGUGACAUGCUGGUCAACGGUAAAGCCCUUGAUACCAGUUUUCAGAGGAAAACAGGCUAUGUUCAACAACAAGACUUGCACCUUCCAACUAAUACUGUCAGAGAAGCACUUCGGUUUAGUGCUUUGUUGCGACAACCUAAAACUGUUUCUAAGAAAAAGAAAUACAGCUACGUCGAAGAGGUCAUUGACAUGCUUGGUAUGCAGGACUUUUCAGAUGCCAUUGUCGGUACACCUGGAGAAGGAUUGAAUGUUGAACAGAGGAAACUGUUGACAAUUGGAGUUGAGCUAGCUGCAAAGCCUGCUCUUCUUAUUUUCCUUGAUGAGCCUACCAGCGGAUUGGACUCGCAAAGUUCAUGGGCUAUCUGUGCUUUCUUGCGAAAGCUCGCUGAGCACGGCCAAGCGGUUUUGUCGACGAUUCAUCAGCCCAGUGCACUGCUUUUCCAGCAAUUUGAUCGUCUUCUUUUCCUCGCCAAGGGAGGACGAACUGUCUACUUUGGUCAGGUUGGAGACCAAUCCCGGACACUACUUGAUUACUUCGAGAGCAAUGGGGCCAGGGCUUGUACUUCACAAGAAAAUCCUGCCGAAUACAUGCUUGAAAUCAUUGGCGCCGGCGCAUCCGGAAAGUCAACUCAAGACUGGGCCCAAGUAUGGAAUCAAAGCCAACAAGCCAAAGACGUCCAGUCUGAGAUUGACCGCAUCCACGAUGAUCGAGCUGCAGCAAGUACCAGCGAAGAAGGAGAAUCCCAGACAGGCGAAUACGCAAUGCCAUUCACUUCACAGCUAUGGCACGUAACCCACCGAUCCUUCCAAGGGUUCUGGCGUGAACCAUCAUACGUAUGGGCAAAGAUCAUGCUAGCAACAAUGUCGGGACUGUUCAUCGGAUUCACCUUCUUCAAACCAGACAGUUCCCUACAGGGAUUCCAAGAUGUCUUGUUCAGCGCGUUCAUGCUAACAUCGAUCUUCUCAACACUCGUGCAACAGAUCAUGCCCAAAUUCGUAGUCCAACGCUCCCUCUACGAAGUCCGCGAACGCCCCUCAAAAGCCUACUCCUGGGGCGCAUUCCUAAUAGCAAACGUUAUCGUCGAAAUCCCGUACCAAAUCCUCGUUGGAGUCAUCAGCUGGGCAUGCUACUACUACCCAAUCUACGGCUCAGGACAAGCAUCUCACCGCCAGGGCCUGAUGCUACUAUUCGUGGUGCAGUUCUACAUCUUCACAUCGACUUUUGCAUCACUGGUAAUUUCGUCUCUGCCAGACGCCGAAACAGGUGGUACCAUCGCCACGCUCCUGUUCAUCAUGACUUUGACCUUCAACGGUGUUAUGCAGCCGCCGAAUGCCCUGCCCGGAUUCUGGAUCUUCAUGUAUCGCGUCUCGCCGUUGACUUAUCUCAUUGCUGGUCUUACGGCGACGGGAUUGCAUGGUCGGCAGAUUCAGUGUGCGGAUGCCGAGCUUAGUGUUUUUAAUCCCCCGUCUGGGUUGUCGUGUGGUGAUUAUCUUGCGCCUUAUCUGCAGGUUUCUGGUGGUCAGCUGUAUAACCCUGCUGCUGUUAGUGGAUGUCAGUAUUGUCAGUUGCAGAAUGCGGAUCAGUAUUUGUCUGCUAGUAAUAUCUUCUACAACGAACGCUGGCGCAAUUUCGGUCUCGGUUGGGCUUAUAUCGGUUUCAAUAUUGCUGGUACUGUUCUGCUCUACUACAUGUUCCGCGUUAAGCAUUACAACCCUACCUCGUUAGUGCGUGGUAUUGGAAAUGGCGCUACGUUCUUGUGUCGGGUGUUUAAGAGACGUUCUGGACAGACGCCGAAGGGCAAGGAAGCUGAUAAUGGUCGGUUGGUUUAA